CUACGAACUUUCUUACGACCCGCAAACAUUGAAGUAUCGCUUCGUCGUCAUAUCUUCACAUGUUCAUCUCAGUUCAUCGAGUCUCUAUCGGUCCAACAGCAAUGGCGUUUCUAGUUCGGAUAUUCCGUCACUGCCAUUGGACAACUCGAGCAUAGACGAAACGAUAUCGGACAGCUUGGAAAUACGCGAUUUAGAUUGGAAUCCGGUUGGGUUGGUUAUUAGAAUUCCGUCUGGAGAGGGACA